AUGCCGGAAACGGAAGAGGAGCUCCAACUGGAGGAGGAAAGCUCCGAAGAAGACGACUCCGAUACUGAAGCUCCUCCGUCGGAAUCCAACGAGGACUUCGACAACAACCACAGUGAAGCCAAACUAGACAAAGACAUCUUCAAAGACGCUGAAGAAGAAGAAGAUCUCUACAAGCCAAUAAGAUACCGCCGCGCCGACGGCACGAUCGGGGAGACCAGCUUGCGCGGACCCGUGACCGAUUUUAGCGCCGAGGCCAACUUCGCCCGCUGGAACGCGGUCCUCCAGUCGAAGGCCCAUCGCCGGCAGUUAGAGGAGCUGAAGGAGAGUGCUCCCGUUAUCGACAAGGACGAAUACUUCAAUUUCCCCAAGGACCCGGAGAACUGGCAGGAGGAGGACGUGAGGGAGCUGUGGGCGGACCGCCCGUUGGGGAUGAUGAAGUCCGGGUUUGACCCGUACUGCGUGGACGAGGUGGAGGUCAAGAUCAUCCAGGACGAGAUUAAGGCCGGGAGGAAACCGCCGAUUGCCCCCUUCUACGUGCCUUACAGGAAGCCCUACCCAGUGAUCCCGGACAGGAAACACAAUCACUCCGUCUACUCACCCAAGACAGUUAUUGAGGAGCUGGACAGGAUAGAGGAGUUCCUGACCUGGCGGAGCUACAUAUUUGAAGACGGCAGCUUGUAUGAAGGCACCGUUUGGGAUGACUACGCUCAUGGAAAAGGUGUUUUCGUUGCUGAGAACGGUCUGGUCAGAUAUGAAGGAGAAUGGCUGCAGAAUGAUAUGGAAGGUCAUGGCGUAGUUGAAGUGGACAUUCCCACCAUGGAGCCCAUUCCGGGUUCCAAGCUUGAAAAACAGAUGCGAGCUGAAGGGAAAAUAAUAUCGAGAGACUUCUUGCCACCUGAAGAUAAAAAAUGGCUGGAGAUGGAUAUUGAAGACAGCAUGCGUUUAGCUGAUGGAGAUUUAGAGGUCCCCUUUUAUGAAAAAGAUGAUUGGAUCAGACUAUUUGGAAGGACGCCGGAGAAAGGUCGUUACCGGUACGCUGGCCAAUGGAAACAUGGAAGAAUGCAUGGUUGUGGCGUUUAUGAAGUCAAUGAGAAAACAAUAUUUGGCCGAUUCUAUUUUGGUCUCCCUUUGGAUGAUCCAUCUGGCUGUGAUGCAGAAGUGUCAGGGCUGCAUGCAGGUAUAGCAGAGGUUGCAGCUGCGAAGGCCCGCAUGUUCGUCAACAAGCCUGAUGGAAUGGUCAGAGAAGAUAGAGGUCCAUAUUCUGAUCCCCAACAUCCUUACUUUUACGAAGAAGAAGAUGUGUGGAUGGCACCAGGCUUCAUCAAUCAAUUCUAUGAGGUACCAGAUUAUUGGAAAACGUAUGUCCAUGAGGUGGACCAAGAGAGGGAGAUGUGGUUGAACUCAUUCUACAAAGCUCCACUUAGGCUGCCUAUGCCUUCUGAACUUGAAUACUGGUGGGAGAAAGGAGAUGAAGAACCUGAAUUCGUCCUGAUUAACAAAGAGCCCGAGCCCGACCCAGAAGACCCGUCACAGCUCGUAUACAGCGAGGACCCACUCAUCCUACACACCCCGACUGGCAUGAUCAUAAACCACAUAGAUGACGAGGAGCAUGGGAUAAGGCUCUUCUGGCAGCCCCCACUGAAAGAGGGCGAAAGCGUAGAUCCGGAGAAAGCCCAAUUCCUGCCUCUCGGUUUCGACGAGUUCUAUGGUCUCGAAGAGGUCACCGAGCAGGAAAACCCAUGGCCCCGACUUGUGACUUCGGUGGAGAAUGCGUGCAAGUCCUUUAUCGAGGGUCUGGAAAAACGGGCAGAGGAGAGGAAGAAAGUGGGAAUGGAGAAAAUGGAAUUGCUGAGAGAGGAGAUGGAGCUCGUGGAUGCUGAGCUUUCCCUCAAGGAGGCUGUUGAGGAUUUGGACGAGGAGUUGAAGAGGAUGCAAAAGGAAGAGGAGGAGAAAGGUGGUGAUUUGGUGCCCGAGUUGGAGAAGACUGUGGAUAGGGUUGAGGAAGAGGAGGAAGAGGAGGAAGAGGAGGAAGAAGAAGACGAAGAAGAAAAUGAUGAUGAUGAGGAUGAUGAUGGCAAUGGUGUUAAUGCUUCGAGUUUCGGGUCGAUUAAUGAUAAAAUCACCAAAGAUGGUGAUGAGAGAAGUAAAGGGAAGUCGACGUUUGCGGCGGCAUCCUUGUCGUUCAGCGGCUCGAGCCUCAUGUCACUGGUUCCUCCAAAGCUGCGAACUUCAUUUGUAAGCUGGAAAGAGGGAAUACUUCACAAGCCCACACUUUCCAUUACAAAGUCUCAGCCACUCGAGAGGCGAAAUUUUUGUACCGUCGCGUUUCCUCGUGCGACUUAUAAAAAUGUCAAACUGAAAGUUGCAAGCCGUCUCGAGCACAUCCCAAUACCUGGCUCGAGAAAGAACUCGAAAGUGCGAGGGUCCGUCAAACGUGAACAGGUAUUGGAGGAUCUAAACAUAUUGUCGUUACACACUCCGGUGAUGAUGUAA